UGCUAUGGAAAGAUGCGAUCAGAAAGCUGACGAAUGGCAGCUUUUCCUGAGUGGUCAUUUCGGUAAUAGUGGCUAAAACAAACAUAGCGCGAUAUCAACCCUCCAUAUACGGUCUCCUUUGGUUGGGGGAACCAACUUCGUAUGCACGGAACAAUACUUUUAAAGAAAUGCCCAUGCUGUAGCAAUACAACGUAGACUUUCCUCGGCGUUUUCAGCUCGAGAGCUCCAGCAUGUCAAAGCGGCGCUCUUUGGAGAGGGGGGCCGGAGAGACCUCAGGCAGGGCCAGCAAGCUCCUGUGUCCUGGAAUAGCUGGAAGCAACGCCAAGAGGGCAGGUCCCUUCGUCCUGGGGCCUCGUUUGGGGAACUCGCCCGUGCCAAGCAUAGUGCAGUGUCUGGCCAGGAAGGAUGGGACGGAUGACUUCUACCAGCUAAAGAUUCUGACGCUGGAGGAGCGGGCAGACGCGGCCGGGGAGACCCAGGAGGAGAGGCAGGGGAAGAUGCUGUUGCACACCGAGUACUCCCUCCUCUCUCUGCUACAUAACCAGGACGGAGUGGUGCACCACCAUGGCCUGUUCCAGGACCGGGCGUAUGAGAUCGUGGAGGACCCGGAGGCCAACAAUGGCAAGGUGCGCCGGAUGAAGAAGCGGAUCUGCCUGGUGCUGGACUGCCUCUGUGCGCACGACUUCAGCGACAAGACUGCGGACCUCAUCAACCUGCAGCACUACGUCAUCAAGGAGAAGCGGCUGAGCGAGCGCGAGGCCAUUGUCGUCUUCUAUGACGUGGUGCGCGUGGUGGAGGCCCUGCACAAGAAAAACAUAGUGCACCGAGACCUGAAGCUUGGAAACAUGGUGCUGAACAAACGGAUUCACCGGAUCUCCAUCACCAACUUCUGCCUGGGCAAGCACCUGGUGAGUGAGGACGACCUGCUGAAGGACCAGCGAGGAAGUCCAGCCUACAUCAGCCCUGACGUACUGAGUGGUCGGCCGUACCACGGUAAGCCCAGUGACAUGUGGGCCCUUGGCGUGGUGCUGUUCACCAUGCUCUAUGGCCAGUUCCCCUUCUACGACAGCAUACCUCAGGAGCUAUUCCGCAAGAUCAAGGCUGCAGAGUACUCCAUCCCAGAGGACGGGCGUGUGUCGGAGAACACUGUGUGUCUUAUACGGAAGUUGCUGGUGCUGGACCCCCAGCAGAGGCUGACCGCCGCAGAGGUCCUGGAGUCUCUCAGCGGCAUUAUCGCCUCAUGGCAGUCAGUAUCAUCUUUGACCGGUCCUCUUCAGGUUGUACCGGACAUCGAUGACCAGGUCAGCCACCCAGAGCAUCUCCAGGAGGUGAAGGUGACGGAGGAGUCGUCGCAGUACGAGUUUGAGAACUACAUGCGUCAGCAGCUGCUGCUGGCCGAGGAGAAGAACACUAUUCACGAGGCCAAGGCCAGCUUCCUCGCCAAGCGCCAGUUUGGCGCCAUCCCGCCUGUGCGGCGCCUGGGCCACGAUGCCACGCCCGUCAGCCCUCUGGACGCCGCCAUCCUGGCCCAGCGCUUCCUCCGGAAGUAGCCCCUUCACCCCUCAUCUUGCCCUCUGGAGGACACGUGGGGUGAGGAACACAUAAGGGUUGGGUCGGGAAGGGAACCGAAAACUGAGAAUGUCGAUGGGAGCUUAGCCCCAGCCCGACCCUCCCUUGGGUAGAGGGGCCCCUAGAUGUGGUGAGUUAGGUAGGUGGAAUGGGAACAGACAUGGGGGAGCACCAGAACUGAUCACUCACCUGACAACCUCUCAUAGUUUUCACACUUCAAGUCUGGGUGUCGGCGGUGUGCACAGGAAUGGGAUGGCUGGAGAAUCUGAAGAUCUGAACCAAAGGCUUCCACCGAACCCCACUGAUCUUAAACACACGCUGCUCUCAGCCAGCCAGCUAUGGGCACAUAUGGACUCAUACAGGCCAGGGGGAUUCCAGACACGCGUGUGUGUUUCCCUCUGCUGAGACCUGGCCAUCACCCUCCAACUACCCCCAUUUAUUUUGGAAAACCCUGAGCAAUACAGGGCCAGAAGAACCAUGUAGCAACCUUCCUCUAACCUCCCUCCCUCAACUCUCCAAACUGAGAUCACCUGAUCAUGGACGUCACUCACGCGCCCGCCCACUCACUCUUUAGUUUCCUCAUAACCAAAAUGAUCUGGACUUGUCCUGUCUGUCUCAACUACGACUUCAAAUCUACCUCUCUCAAUCUCUUUCUAACCAUGUGUGCAUUUUACGCCAUGUCCACCAUUCUCGAAAAACAAGGAAUUGUAGAGGUAGUGUUGUCACCAUAGACAGAAAGCAUUACUAUGUUUUGGUGCAUAAAGGUUAGGAAUGUGGAAUAUGAAUAAGCUUUUUUCCUUAUGAGUAAUAAGUAGCAUUUUACCCUUCUAUCCAUUCUACAUUGAAGAUGCUAACUAUCAAAGGGUGGCCAAAUCGCCAACUUCUAUCUUUAAGUCUAGCAGAUUGCAUUGUUUUCUUGCUUUCGCUCACCCCCUAUGGAACCAUUGUUUUGCAUUUAGGCAUCUAGUGUCAAGUACCUGGAAGUUGUGAUGCCAAGAGCUGGGUGGGGGGUGGGGGGGGUUUAUUAGACAUUUAUUAGAUGUUUAAUGUUGAUCCUCUCUCGUUAUUGCUGUUCUAAAUGGCAUCUUUGAUUAAUAAUCGAGACGUGGACACAUUUCUUUGGGUGAAAAAUCAUGGAGCGUCUUAACUGAUUGUUAGCCAAGGAAAUUAUACCUCCCCCUCGUUCACCACUGAACAACUUCCAGGUAUUCAACUUCCCACUUACCCUGUGUGACAUCAUCAUUGUGGGACAAGUAUUGGGCAUGAAUGUGAAUCAAUGGUAAUGCCAGUGAUUGUCAGUGUGUAGAUAAGUGUGAUUCCAGCCAGGGGUGUAUUAGACAAAGCCAGGGCCUUUUCAGUGGUAGGUGCAGACUAGAGCCACAUUAUUUAAGCCCAGUGAGUCAGUGCAGACCCUUAAGCUAGCCAUCCUCCCAAUGUCUUUAUCUUGCCUGCCUCAGUUGCUUGCACACACCGAGAACAUACAGGCUUUUCUAAGACUGGCUAGACUGAAUGUGUCCGCUAUGAAAGAUGAGCAUCCCACAUGUUGCCCGUCUUAGUCGUGAAUGCUCUAGUGCGUAGCAAUGUCUUAAGUUUAAAAUCAGACAAAACCGUAAUGAUCAUAGUACUCGAGCCCCUUUAGCUGUUGUAAGUUAUAUUGUAGUAGCUCAUCAUGAAAGACUUAACUAUGAUGAUGAUCGUGAUAAUUGAAUAGAUAGUGUCAUAUUUCAUAGAGAAACUCUCAACAAUGAGGUUGCGUCUCCGUCACUCGGUCGCGUCAUUCCAUUGUUAUGCGCGUUUUCAAGCCUCCCUCUGCUGGCGGCGCCAUAGUGGUGCCAAACGUCGUGAUAAAUCCAAUCAUUCUGGACGGAGGCUAACGGCUGUUUCGUCAAAGUUGCACUAGUGUCCUGGAAAUACGAUGACAUUGCUAAAGUAGGUAGAUAUUUGGUAGGAAACAACUUUGCCAUUAUCAUGUCGUCAAAUUUACUUUAGAAAGAUGGCAAUGUUGUCGUUAGUUAACAAAGUUUGUCAAAAGUAGCUAGCAAUGCUAAUGUUAGCUAGCUAAAAUCCGGUGGGCUCCCCUUAAUGUUAUCUAGCUAGCUAACGUUAUACUCCAUCUAAAGUCAAUCUGGAGACAUCAAAAUGAUGAAUUUUUUUUCCCAAGCCACAGUAACGCACUUUUGAUUAAAUCUUAAUCAGUGGUCAUUGACAAUGCAUUGAGUAGAAUGCUCAGUCAGUCAAUCUGGCGACAUCAAAAUUAUGAAAUGUCAUUUUAUUUCCAAGCCACAGUAACGCACUUUUGAUUAAAUCUUAAUCAGCGGUCAUUGACAAUGCAUUGAGUAGAAUGUUCAGUCAGUCAUCAGUUCAAAACAAUAUUGUAAAGAAACGUGCAACCCAUGAUUAGGCUCAUUGGUUAGUUGGUGUUGGGGCCUUUAGGUGUUGAUGCAUUCACAUCUUUACCAAAAUGUUGCUAAACUACUAACUCGUGAACAAUAUUAGGCAUCUGUUCACAUAAGCUUGCCCAUCUUUAUGGGUAUCCGCAUUGCUUAGACCUCCACCCUAUUUAUAUCUAAAUUGAUCACAUGAGUAGAAACUCGAGUCAGUUUCCUAUUUCAUUGUAUGUUGUAUUUUUCCUCCUUAAUUUCAUGUAUGUUGAUUUAUUUAUUCACUGUCCAUUUUCAGGCAUCAAAUCUCUUAGUCAUUUUUGCUUUAAGCAAGAUGUGUUCUGGUUCCAUUUGUUUCUCCAGACAUUGAAACUUGAGCCGCCAUUGCAGUUUUUUCUCUCUAUCAGCUAUCUUCAUUAAAGAAGAUCUCUUUAUUAUACUUUUUUGCAGUUGCCACACACUCGUGGUCGAUUAAGCUACACUAAUAAUGAAACGGACUGCAUAGUUCUAUUUUUUACACAGAAAAUAAUCGCACAUUAUAAAUAAUGAUUUAUGGUAGUGAUGUACUGUUUAUUAGCCUGGUCCCAGAUCUGUUUGUGCGGUCUUGCCAACGCCUAUUGCCUUGACAAUGACCAGCACAAACAGAUCUGGGACCAGGCCAACUGUUUAUCGCCCCAUACCAGACUUAUGGUCAGUAUGUAAAUAUAAUACCAACAUGACAGCGACAACACCAGUAGAGCUGCCAUCUACAUCUAGUGGAAUGAUACCAGCUCUGAUCAGGGGUACAUUCAAUGAGGUGAAAUGUUCCAAAUGUUGCAGCUAGAUAUGUGUUGAAUAGAACUGACACGAUUCCAAAUUCAACAUGACAGAAAAUCAUAUCUUGAUUUCUAUCUGAACGUUUUGUAACAUUGCACACUCCUGAACAGCCCUGCUUUAAAACAAAUGAUAUAUAGACAUGCAGGCGAUGCUAGCCACCACAUUUUGAGAAAAAAUUAUAAUUAAAUGAGAUUUUGAGAAAAUUUUGCUUUUUCCCCACCUCAAUGUGAAUUUCUGGGUAUAAAAGCAGUAUUGUAGUUGAUAGUGUGUCAGUAGUUCAUGAGAAAAAUGUAUUUUGUGAACACCACAGCCCUUGCUGAAGUUGAAGGCAAAUUUGAAAUCCCAUCUUACUUGAGGGUGACCAUAACCCACUAUUGGAUAUAAAUAUGUAGGUUUAUUAGAAAAGACCCUUGAUAGUAAUGUAUUAUCUGUAGCAUUAUCAAGAUAGUGUUCACAUUUAGCUGUUGGAAUUGUCCCAUUUGAUGUCUAAGAAAGUUGUCCCCUUCAUAGGUGGACUGAAAGCACCAUACGAAGCAUGAUGUUGAGCUCUUUGUAAAAUGUGAUUUUGCAUGAUUUUUUUACUUGCAAGGUGGUCCCACAAUAUAGUUCCUUGAAAUCAACCAACCAACCAACCAGGAAGAAUUGGGAAUUUGAGUCUUACAGAAAAACCUAAUGUUUUUCAUAAUACAACCGAUUUUUCAUUUAAUGAAUACUCAACAUGAUUUUUCAUUUUUACCAUAAUUCUAAAAUUGGGGAAAUGUCUGUCAGUUUAAGGAUGUAUUUGAUUUGCUGAAUAUUUCAACUGGAAAAUAGAUUAUGGUGUAUGAUGUGGUGGUAUAAAUAGUUGAAACCAUCCAGAUUUGUGUUGCAAGCUGCUUGGUUGGAUAUGGGCAUCUAAUACAAAAACCUGGCUAAUUGUACAGAGAUUUAGAAAAGUUUGUAUAAAAGACAUAUUUUUGUACUUCAUCAAAUCUCUACAUGCAUGUCAGCAAUAAACUUUGAUAUGGAAAAAUA